AUGGAUCCUGUUUUGGUAAAUGGUGUUGUGUCAGAUUCUGUGGAAAAACCCUCGUCUGCCACCAGUGUUGAGUCUUCUUCGACCGUUCCUACCUCCGACACAACCACGGCUGGUGUAGGCACACCAUCUGGAUUGGGUCCGUCUUAUGGCAAAUCCAUCUGUGCUGAGUCCACUGUUUGUAGCUCCGAUGAUCAUCUGUUUCGUCAUCCGUCAUCUGCACCGAACGAUUUUCUAUCCGUCCGGACAGAGCUUCAUGCGCGGCAGCCUCUUCAAACCCCCUCCAAAGAAGAAAAAGCUACCACAAUAGCCGAUAUAGUGCAGUUAGAUCCGAAUCCGAUCAACUCGGAUCCACCCCUGAUCACAACUUCAAGCAAACCAACCGUGUGGUGUUUGCCGCCCGCUUUGUCGGACGAAUGUCGUCGAGCCAUGGCUGGAGGUGCUCCGAAUCCGGCAUUUAAUCCGGCGCCGACUCGUGAGGGUCCCGUGACCAAACACAUACGAUUGACGGCAGCUUUGACUUUGAAAAACAUGUUGCGAUUCACUCAGUUUGCACGAAAGAGUGGUUUUCAACUAGCUACUGAUCUCUCCCCGAAUAUCAAUGGCACUUUUUUGUGUACAACAAAUGAAUUAGAAUCGAAGUUUAUGGUUGAUAUAUGCUUCCCCUAUUUGUAA